GUCGAUACGUGCAAACAUUUACAUACACACAGAUAUCAUCACCAUCAUCAUCAUGGUCGUCAAAUAAAUACUCCCAAACGAACAAACCAACAAAAGAAAACUUCCUUAUUAGUAAGAUUCAUGUAUUAUAGUAUUACUUUAAAAAUAUUAAAAAAAAAUAUUAUAUUAUUUUUUGGUAGAGAAGAAGGAAGAGUGAUGACAUGAUAGGAGAGAGAGAGAGAGAAAAGAGAGAGGAGCAGAGGAAGAAGCAGAGAUGGCAUCAUCCGAAUCAAUUUCCUAAUCUUCCUAGACUUCUUCCCCUUUUUUUUUUUUAACUUAUUCUUGCCAUUACUUAGGAUUUUAGGAAGAAGAAGAAACAAAGAAACCCUCCAAUUUUUUUUUUUAUAUAUAUAUAUAUAUGUUACACAGGAAAAAGAAAAAAAAAGGGAAACCACACUGUUCAACUUCUGCUGUUUCUGAGUUUUGGUUACUUCCUUCAGAAGAUUUUCUCCCUUCCCGAAACAAUUGGAAUAUUUUUAAGGGGAAAUAAAAAUUGGGUUUUUUUUUUUUAAUAUAUUUGAUUUUGCUUUGUCUUCCUUCUAUCCGUAUUACAAAGCAGGAGGAAGCAGCCCCAAUUUUUAUACAAAAAACAAUCCCACAGAAGCACGGUAUUAGGAAGGAAGAAGAAAAAAAAGGGGAUAGCUUUUCGUGUUCAACUCUUCUAUCAGCAAAUCCUAAGGAUUGAUUGAUUGAUUUCGGAUUGAGGGUUUUGGGCAGGAGGAAGUGGACUUUGGUGGUUUUAUAAGGUUGGUACUUUUGUUGCAGUUUAUUAAAAGUGGGAUUUUUCUGAAUUACUCUGCGGUGAAGUUUUUGUUUUUGAGCAAUUGGGUUUUCAAUUGGCUAAACUUUCCAACUUUCGUUUGGGUUUUCCACGAUUGAAGUGCUUAGGACUUGCUUGGGGGUUUGUAUUGAUAUAAUUAUUGGUGGUUUGCUGGGUUUUCCACUGAUUUGGGACUUCGUGGUAAAAAAGGGGUGGUCGUUUGCCAUUGGAAAUCUGUGAAAGAGUUUGGUACAGAUAUUCGUCUCUCUGUGUAUGAGAAUGGUGGCUCAUAUAUAAGUUUGAUCUCUAUUUUCUGAUUUGUGGGGAUGAUCGUACAUUAAGAGGGGACUGGUACUUGGGGAUUCAAGCUUCAAGAAGCGAAAUUUAGGGAUUUAUGCAACUUGGCUUUGGUUAUUUUGCGAAGUAGUUGCUAUUGGUGCUCUAAGAACCUGGUUGUUGGCAGGAACAAGGGUGUUUGAUUGAUCAAGAUUUGGUCUUUGGCUUGGAAUAACCUUACAAUCUGCAGGGGUUCUUCACUGAUUGAUUUAUAUUGAUAGAUUCUUGUGGUGGAGAGAGAUUUCACGAUUCUUAUUUUCUGGACAUACAAAUGAGUUCGAAUAUCUCAGGAGGGGUUGUUCAAAUGGGCAAGCUUCCAGUUCACAUUGCCGAAAAUGGGCACUCAUUUCAACUUGAUUGUGAUGAAUAUACUCUUGUUGAGGCUAUCCAGAGAUACCUAGAAUCCGGUACUGCAAUUCAGGUCAAUGAUCAACUUCUUUUAUGCUUGGACAUGAAGUUAGAACCAGCACAACCCCUUUCUACUUAUGGACUACCUUCGGAUGGUCGGGAAGUCUUUUUGUUCAACAAAGCAAGAAUGCGGAGCAACUCUCCAUCUCCUCCAGCUGAGAAAGUUGAAAUCACUGAUAUUCCUGACCCCCCUGUGCCAUCCUCCCACGACCAUCAUCCAUUGGAUGAUGCUACAGACCCUGCGCUAAAGGCCUUAGCUCUUUAUGAGAGGCAGUUCAGAUAUCAUUUUCAGUUUGGACAAGCUAUUUACAGCCGUACAUUAGCUAAAAUAGAUGUCUCUGAAAGGCUUUUUAGAGAGCUGAAGGUUCAAGAGAGAGCGUUGGAAAUUGCUGCCCACAAUUUGGAUCAUUUUUACAGGAUGAUUUUGCAGAACUAUAAGGAUUUUGAGAAGUUUUAUUCUCAACAGCAUAGGAGGCAUGUUAAUCUUUUGACAAAUUUUGGGAGGGAUAUAGAGAGAUUGAAAGCUUGGAAGGUUUGCCCCCAGUUGCAGUCUCCCAAUCGCAGGUGUCUGCUUGACUUUGUGAAGGAAGAGAACUUUCGUAAGAUUGUGGAGGAUUGUAGCAGUUCACACAGACAGUUUGAGAAUAAAGUCCUGCAGUUCAAACGGGAGUUUGGAGAACUAAAGCGGAAUGCUGAACAUCUAUUCUCAAGUAAAGCUUCUUUCCUUAUUGGUGGAUUGGAAACAACUUUAAAAGAGCACCAACGGUACAUUAAUGAGCAAAAGAGCAUCAUGCAGACUUUAAGUAAAGAUGUAAAUACAGUGAAGAAGCUUGUUGAUGACUCUCUCACCGGUGAGCUGUCUUCCUCACUUCGUCCCCAUGAUGCUGUUUCAGCUUUGGGUCCUAUGUAUGAUACCCACGAUAAAAACUGCCUACCUAAGAUGCAGGCUUGCGACCGUGAAAUUUCCAAUUUGCUCGAUUUUUGUCGGGAUAAAAAGAAUGAAAUGAACAUAUUCGUGCACAAUUACAUGCAGAAGAUAGCCUUUAUACAGUACACAAUUAAAGAUGUACGCUACAAGUUUUCUGUUUUCCAGGAGGCUUUGAAGCGCCAGAGUGACCAAUUUGAGCAGUUGAGGAUAGUGCGUGGCAUUGGUCCGGCAUACAGGGCAUGCCUUGCAGAGGUGGUGAGGAGAAGGGCUGCCAUGAAGCUUUACAUGGGCAUGGCUGGACAAAUGGCUGAAAGGCUUGCGAUGAAGAGGGAGGAUGAAGUUAGGAGACGAGAAGAAUUUCUGAAGGUACAUAGUUUGUAUGUACCAAGGGAUGUAUUGACAUCAAUGGGUUUAUAUGACAACCCAAGCCAGUGUGAUGUCAAUAUAACUCCAUUUGAUACGAGUUUGCUUGAUAUUGACAUAGCUGACAUUGAUCGUUAUGCACCUGAACAUUUAGUUGGCUUUUCUUCUAAGACUGAGAAGCAGGGGUCCAGAGGUUCAUUUUCCAUGUCAAAUGACAGUUCACACUCUGCUGAAAUUGAAGAGAGUGUUGAGGACUUCCCUGAGAGGUUUGAUUCUUUAGAAUUUCUUGAGGGGUCGGAGUUAGUGGAUAUUGCUGGAACCAGUAAAAUUGAAGUGGAGAAUGCAAAAUUAAAAGCUGAACUCGCUUCUAAAAUUGCUUUGAUUUGUUCAAUGGGCUCUGAAUUGGAUUACGAAUUGCUUGAUCAAAAUAAAGUAGAUAGUUUGCUAAAAACUGCUGCCGAAAAAACUACUGAAGCUUUGACGCUUCGAGAAGAGUAUGAGAAACAGUUGCAGCACAUGCUAAAAAUGAAGCAAAUUCAGUGUGACUCGUAUGAAAAACGGAUUAAAGAAUUGGAGCAGAGGCUCUCUGAUCAGUAUGUCCAAGGGAAUAAUCUUUCAACUGAUGAUGAAACGUUGAAGCUGACCCUGUCAUCCACAAAAACUGAUGAUAGCAAAUCAGAAAUAUCAGGCGUUGGUGAAACUCACAUGCAGCAUUUGUCAGCUGACAACAUGGAUGAUACUUUCUUUGCCUCUAGUUCGAGGAAUGUUAAACCUGGGGUUCCCUUUAAACACAAUAAGAUUAAUGAGGGAUUGGAUGAAAACAUGGCAGAUUCAUCUGGUACGCUAAACCAACCGUUGGAUUCAUCAAUGAUAGAUCCACAGCGCGAUGACGGGAAUAUUCGUGACGGAGAGCUGAAAGAUUCCGAUGCAGGAUUGUCUACUAGUAUGGCUGUGAGCAUAUCUAAACCUUCAAGUGCCUCUCCUCCCAAAACAACUGGUGAACAGGGUCUGGAUUCCUCGAAGGAAGAUGAUCUGAUUCUUGAGUUGCGAAGUGCACUUGAAGAGAAAUCGAGCCAACUCAGUGAAGCUGAAAGUAAGCUUAUAGCUUUAGCAGAUGAGGUUUCCAAAUUUGGAAGGGAUUUGGAGACUAAUCGAAAACUCCUUGAUGAAUCUCAGAUGAAUUGUGUGCAUUUAGAGAAUUGUCUGCAUGAAGCAAGAAAAGAGGCUGAAACCAAUCUCAAAGCAGCAGAUCGAAAGGCCUCAGAAUAUAGUGCUGUACGUGCGUCUGCGUUGAAGCUGCGGAGUCUAUUUGUGAGACUUAAAACCUGUGUAACUUCCCCUGGAGUUGCUGAAUUUACUGAAUCAUUGCGUUCUCUAGCUCAAUCUUUGGCCAAUUCUGUCAAUGAAAAUGAAAAUGAUGAUACUGCCAAUUUCCACGAGUGUGUCCGUGUACUUGCUGACCGAGUCGGCAUUUUAUUGAGGCAACGUGCUGAGCUGCAUGAGAGAUGCUCAAAAGCUGAAUCUAAAAAUGGACAGCUUGCCAAGGAGUUGGAGGAGAAGAAGGAGUUGGUUAACACUCUUUAUAUUAAGCAUCAACAUGAGAAGCAGGCAAACAAGGAGAAGAUAUCUUUUGGUCGGCUGGAAGUUCAUGAAAUUGCUGCUUUUGUUCACAACUCUGCUGGACAUUAUGAGGCUAUAAACCGGAAUUCCUCCCACUAUUACCUUUCUUCAGAAUCAGUGGCUCUGUUCACGGACCAUCUUCCAAAUCGUCCUCCCUAUAUUGUUGGGCAGAUAGUGCAUAUCGAGAGGCAAUCCGUGAGAAUUGCACCCUCGACUGUCGAUCAUGUUAGAGAUAGGGCUGAUGUGCCAACGUCUGAUGCAGGUUCAAGUCGGUUUUCCUUGAAUAACUCAGGAUCGACGGCCUCAAAUACGUAUGGCCUGCCAGUAGGCUGUGAAUAUUUCGUAGUGACUGUAGCUAUGUUACCUGAUACAACCAUUCAUUCGCCCCCUCCUUCCUGAUCUUGGCGAAUGGCCAAAAAAAACAAGUGACAUGAUGGAAGACAUUUGAAAAGUGUAAAUAUAGUUCCUUUGGAACGUUGGUAAUGCUUUUAAUCAGUGAUCCUAACUUUGGUUUUUUUCCCCUUGUACAGUUGAUGAUCCAUUCAAAAUCCAAUUACUUUGUACAUAAAUUAUUAAACUUUAUUCCAAUUGUAAAGUAUUAAGUAUUUUCAGUUUUUAUUUUUGCAAAUUGACUGAAAUAGAUAGUUACUGAGUUGCAGAAAUAUUAUAUUUAAUAAAAUGCUACAGAAAUAU